AACAGAAGGUAAUUGGUGAGCACCUGUUUCGAGGUUUGUACGUUUAUAAAAAGAUCUGAAGUUCUGUCUUGUGUUAUUAUUAUCAUGCCUCUACGAAGAACUAGAAAAGUCCGUCAGGAUUCUGAUGGUUUGCCGGACUAUGACCUGAAAAUUAGACUUACCAAGAGAAAGGAGCUGUUUAUACAACAGUUUGAGAAGGAAGCCCAAGACCGGGUAAAUGAAAUGGAGGCCAAUCUAAACAAAUUUCUGGCCACUGUGGACCGAGUCUUCAAAAUAGAGCUGAUGAAAAUGCCACAGUCACUCCACACCACGCUGAUAAAAGACCUGAUGAAUGAUAAUGACACGUCUGUUGGGGAGGUCACUAUGGCACUCACGUGUGCAUCUCCAGAAAUUCAGAAACCCUUAUCUCGAAAGCCAAGCAAAAAAGGUUUGAAUGCCACAGCGGGGCAACAAAGGUCUUCGGGUCAAAAUAAGACCGCUCCAGUUGAAGGGCCGAAGAAAUCCACUAAGAAGACCCUACACAACAGUAAGAGCACUGGAAGCCUGAGGUGUGCCUCAACUGUCAGUGCAAAAAGAACCCAAGGACGGGUUGUCAAAAUCAGUGAUCAGGCGUUUGGAUUAGGGGGUAAAUUGAGACAAACAAGUCGCUCUGUUGGUGAUGAAAUGAUGAUGGCGACGGCCACAGUAGUAACUUCCCAUGGAGAAACGCUAUUCCUUUCUGAAGACAAUAAAGAUGACAUCAGUGUGGAGUUGUUUGAUAAUGCAGCUGUAGAGCAGAUGCGAAAAAUCAAGAAUCUAAUGGACUAUCUGUGUAACAAAGUGGGGCUCAAUAACACACGCUGAUGCUUUUUAAUUACAUCCCCUGCAGCUAGUGUUUUAAUCAUUUUUAAAUGUAAGUAAAUAAACUAUUGUAAAGAGAUGAAAUAAAGUUAUUUUUUUCAAAUAA